AUGUCCACGACAACGAAAAUGCGCUUCUCUAUGGACUCGAUUUUAGCAGCGGCCGAAGCAAACACCAGAAAGAGAUCUGCCGAUGACCCGGUGACUCCAGAAUUACCUAAAAAAUCCCGUACAGAAGGCAUCGACACAGCUGAUCUGCCAGGAUCCCAGGCUGAAGUCUCCCAGGAGUCUUCUGCGUUGAAUGUUUCCACAAGCUGUUCAGCAAGAAGCCCUGUCCCGACCACAAGCUGCAGUCCUGAAGACCUCAGUUGUCGAGUACCGCGAGGUUCAGAAAGUCCUGAGUGUUCACGAUACGAAGCCAAGGAAGGCAGCUCAAAAGACAAGGAAACAUCAGCUUCACCUGAACAUUCCGAGGAGAACUCCCACUGUGAAUUGGAAUCCGUGAGUCCUUCCGGAAUGUCUUCACAUCGUUCAAAGUCCGGUGCAACGAAACCUGCCUAUUCCUACAUAGCCCUUAUUGCCAUGGCUAUUUUAAACGCUGAAGAUAAAAAGCUCACAUUAUCGCAGAUCUGCGAUUUCAUCAUGUCACGAUUUCAAUACUACAGGGACAAGUUCCCAGCAUGGCAGAACUCGAUCCGGCACAACCUGAGCCUGAAUGACUGUUUUGUAAAAAUUCCCCGAGAGCCAGGUAACCCCGGCAAAGGCAACUAUUGGUCAUUGGAUCCGAAAGCCCAAGAUAUGUUCGAUAAUGGAUCCUUUCUGCGACGGCGAAAGAGGUUCAAGCGACAACCAGAACCACAGGACAUGUCGCCGAUCACCUUUCCACCAUUUCUCUCACCGAUCGGACCAAUGGUACCACCACGAUUACCGCUUCCGAUGCCACCUAUUCUUUCACCUCUUCCACCGACUGCACCACAACUGCCAUCAUCACUGCCACGCCAUCCGAUGGCGAUGGUGCCAACAAUGAUGCCAAACGUUCCACACAGAUUACCGUACUUCUACCCGGGCAUUUCAGCGAAUGUCGACCAUCAAAAACUGUUGGCUGCCAUUGCGGCACAAACCCCGUUGACGUCUACUGCGUCCGAAUGUGUACACACUUUACAUAAAGUUGACUGA